GGGCUCUCUGGAGGCCGCCUUUGGGGGCGUCGGGCCCUGACAGGCUUGGUGGGCCUGGCGCCUGUACGGCGCGCGCAAGAGGCGCUGGGCGGCAAGUGGGGCAUUGGAUCCGAAGUGCGAGCGCCAUGGUGGCUCCUCCUGUUUUUCAGAAGUGGCAGAACCUCUCUCGGUUUCGUUUUUGGAAGCUUUAUUAGAAGCUGGUAUAGGGAGGCCGCAGACGAUUCGAGCGGGACGGCCUCCCGGGGUCGCGGGGUGGAAAAGUUUCCGGCGCGCGUCCUGUCUCUGGCGCGCUGUAGGCCCCGGGUCGCCAGGGUCGCUGGCGUCUGGGUCCCGGGACAGACCCGCGCAUCCGUUCGCUGGUGGGGGCGUUUGGUGUGUGUGGCCCAGAUGGAGUCUCGCUCUGUUGCCCAAGCUGGAGUGCAGUGGUGAGAUCUGGGCUCACCGCAACCACCGCCUCCCGGGUUCAAGUGAUUCUCCUGCCUCAGCCUCCGGAGUAGCUGGGAAUACAGGUUUUUCUAUAUGAGUGGAGAAGACAGCUGUUACCAGGGAGGUCAUACAACAUUUUUUUAGGAUGUCUGAAGAUGAAGAAAAAGUGAAAUUACGCCGUCUUGAACCAGCUAUUCAGAAAUUCAUUAAGAUAGUAAUCCCAACAGACCUGGAAAGGUUAAGAAAGCACCAGAUAAAUAUUGAGAAGUAUCAAAGGUGCAGAAUCUGGGACAAGUUGCAUGAAGAGCAUAUCAAUGCAGGACGUACAGUUCAGCAACUCCGAUCCAAUAUCCGAGAAAUUGAGAAACUUUGUUUGAAAGUCCGAAAGGAUGACCUAGUACUUCUGAAGAGAAUGAUAGAUCCUGUUAAAGAAGAAGCAUCAGCAGCAACAGCAGAAUUUCUCCAACUCCAUUUGGAAUCUGUAGAAGAACUUAAGAAGCAAUUUAAUGAUGAAGAAACUUUGCUACAGCCUCCUUUGACCAGAUCCAUGACUGUUGGUGGAGCAUUUCAUACUACUGAAGCUGAAGCUAGUUCUCAGAGUUUGACUCAGAUAUAUGCCUUACCUGAAAUUCCUCAAGAUCAAAAUGCUGCAGAAUCGUGGGAAACCUUAGAAGCGGACUUAAUUGAACUUAGCCAACUGGUCACUGACUUCUCUCUCCUAGUGAAUUCUCAGCAGGAGAAGAUUGACAGCAUUGCAGACCAUGUCAACAGUGCCGCUGUGAAUGUUGAAGAGGGAACCAAAAACUUGGGGAAGGCUGCAAAAUACAAGUUGGCAGCUCUGCCUGUGGCAGGUGCACUCAUCGGAGGAAUGGUAGGGGGUCCUAUUGGCCUCCUUGCAGGCUUCAAAGUGGCAGGAAUUGCAGCUGCACUUGGUGGUGGGGUGUUGGGCUUCACAGGUGGAAAAUUGAUACAAAGAAAGAAACAGAAAAUGAUGGAGAAGCUCACUUCCAGCUGUCCAGAUCUUCCCAGCCAAACUGACAAGAAAUGCAGUUAAAAACCAAACUUCAGUAUUAUUGGUGCCAACAUGUCUAUCCUAAUGAGGACCUUUGCUGCUGUUGGACACUCCGUCACCUUUUGGAACACAAGUAUAUCACGAUAGUGGCUACUGAUGUUCAAGUGGGAUUGAAGUGUGAUAAAUGGAUAUAUUUUGUUGUUUGCUGGGGUGUUCAUGGAGAUGUUAGAGAUUGAGACCCUGGGCUGAGGGUGUAUAAUGUAUGUCAGGUAAAGUUUGAAGACUGCCAAGGAGCAGAUUUUCUCCCUGGAAAUGUGAAAACUGAACCUAUAACUCUGAUAAGGACUUGAGAUGUGUAAAAACGUUGGGUUAUGGAAGACUAGUUUCUUCCAUAACCCUGAAUUGGAGACCUUAAGGCUGAGUGUAGAUUAUUGAGGUUUGUUAGCAAGGAAAAGAAUAAGAGUUCAGAAGCCUUUGUUAUCAGCGAAAUCAGGGCCUAGUGAGGAGCACAGGUGGACUACAUAAUGGAGUCCAUUGGCGAACCCUAUUGCAGUUUGGUCCAACUAUAUUUUCUGGUGAAGGAAAUUAAUGAUGUAAGAAAAUGAAAGAGGCUCAACUUCUCUUCCAAAAAUCUUCUGGCUUCUGAACUCUUCCUCUGCACAGAAUUUCAAGUGGUAGGAGACUUAUUAAGCCAGUCACCAAGCUUAGUCUGUCAGCCUGUCUCCUAACACCUCAAAGAUCUUGUGCCCUGUGCCAUCCCUCCCUUGUAAUUAUGAAAAGUUCUUUGGUUUCUGGGAUGAAUUCUACCCAUGUAUAAUGAGGAAUUCUCUCAUAACCUUUUUUGUCUUGUCUGUCAUCUCUGUGCAUCCCUUCCUGUAACCUCUAGGUAAAAAGAGAAGAAAAAAAUUUCCAGAUAUUUUCAACAUUGUUAGAGUUUUGGCUAAAAUGAACAAGGAGAAAAAACCACCAAGAACAUUUCCUGGGGCAUGUUCCAGUUUUGAGGGGUGAUAUAUCUGCCAGAUAGGGGGUAUCUGACCCAGUCUUCUUUUCAGCUGGUCUCUAGGGGCAGCUGAGAACUCGCUUGCUACCUCACUUCUGUUACUACCAUCCUUUUCCCCAGACUUUUUAUCUCUUAUGCAUCCCUUUGCUUUCUAUAGCUGGUGUUUCUUCCCCAAAAUGGCUUUCCCAUGCUUACCUUUCUCACAUUCUAGACAAUGAUAGACAAAGACCCAUGCAAGACUCAGACCCAGGGAAGGGUGUGGUGCUAAUCUCAACACCUGACAUUCACAGCGAGCAUGGUCCAGCCCAACCGCAUGUCUAUCUCAAACUGCAGAAAGGCUUUAAAUUUGGAAAAAAAGAAUUUAAGAUUACAAGCAGCUCCCCUCUGUACCCCCAACUCAUUUGAAAUAGGAGGAAUCACCUUUUGCCUUACUUACUCUUUUUUCUGAGCACAGGGAUGGGCACCUGCACCUCAGAAGAUGUGAGCUGUCUCUCUGCCAGGAGCUAAGGUUCAUUAGGGGAUUGGAUGGUUUAUCACUUCUUUCUUUCUGAGUUUACUUUUAGUAACUUUUAUUGAUGGCUCCCUUUCAUGUCCCUGUCUAAAGAGACUUUCUCUUUCAUACUUCUUGAAUCUCAUCAAUGAAAUCCAGUGAAACAGCACCAUUUCUUAGUAUCAUUAAAUAACUAGAAAGUAUCAAAUAUUGCUGUCUGCUGCUUUAUAUCAUUAACAUAUUAAUAAUACCAAGAAGGAAAUACUUUGAAUAAGUGUCAGAUUCUGAUCCAGUAUUGGACACCUGUGAGGCUGGGAUAAUUUCUUUUGAAUUACACCUCUUCUCUAGUUUCUGGACCUUGCUCUGUCCCUUUAACACAGGGUGGUCAAACCUGAAUGAGGAUCAGAACUCACCCCAGGCACUUACUAAAGCAAGAUUCCUAAACCUCAGUUCCAGGGGUAAUUCUGACAUCACCAGUCCAGCAUAGUCAGCUGAAAUUAUAAAUCUAAGAUACAGUUACAUCAAGAUUCUGCUGUGUCAUUUAAUUCUGAAACUCCCAGUAUUCUACCCUUCUUCAUCACUGCGUAUUACCCCACUCUUCCAUCCCAAAUUGGCUAUCCUUUCAGCCCACCAACUUAGCGGCAGCACUAGGGAUUCAUUAUAAGGUAAAUCUGGUUUACAUAAAGACCUGAAGGAGGCCUGUAUUUGAAGCUCACACUUUGUGUUGGUAUCUCUCAUUUUUACUGAGCCAGUGUGGAAUACCACUGUAUGUACUCAUGUAAGCCCUUGACUUUUACUGCUCAUCAGGAUUGGAAUAUUACUCUAGCAGUCUUCACACAUAGGCAAGUUAUAGUCCUUUUAAAAAGUAUCUCAUUUUCUAUAAUGGAACCUAAUAGCCAACUUUUUCAUAGAAAUUGCUAGAAGAGUUUGAUCAACUAUAAACGAUAAAGUGUUUAUAAGCAUAGUCAGUAUGACACAGAAACCAACCUUAAAAUUGAAUUUAAUGUUUUAUCAUAUCAGAUUAAAUAUUUUCUCCAAUUCAUGUCUUAUUUUUACUGCAACAAGUUAGAAAGUGGGAACACUUUGAUUAAUGUCUUAAAAUUUGUGGGCCCUCAUUUGGAUAAAGGCAGCAAUCCUAAGGACUUUUUUUUUUUUUUUAACAUAAUCUGAGAAUUUCUCUGUAGAGCAGAGACUUUCAAACCUUUUGGCUGUAACCCACAGUAAAAAACGCAUUUAUAUCAAACCUUAGAAUAUGCUUAAUGAACAAUACUUACCAUUCUGAUGCUUUUUAUUGUUUUUAGUUUUUAAAAUAUGCCAGUUGCAACCCACUAAAUCGAUAUCUACCAAUGGGUUGCAACCCUUAGCUUGAAAAAAACACCCUCACAGAGGAACUGGUAUUUCUUGAAUACCUUCUGUUUGCCAGGCACUUCACCAGGCAUCUUACAAGUAAGGAAACGGCCUCAGAGAAAAUAAUUUGCAGAGAUUUACUCAACUACAAAGGGGUGAAGCCAGGAAUGUUAACUAGGUCUGUUGAGCUACAAAAACUGUUUUAUGUCUCAGACUAUACAGCCUCUUUACAACACUGAGAUGGGGGUCGGGGGCAGGGGCUCAUGCCUGCAAUCCCAGCACUUUGGGAGGCAGAGGCCAGAGGAUCACUUGAGCCCAGGAGUUUGAGACCAGCCUGGGCAACAUAAUGAGACUUUGUCUGUAUGAAAAAAAUUAAGAAUUAGCUGGGUGUGGCAUAGCACACACCUGUGGUCCCAGCUACAUGGGAAGCUGAAGUGGGAGGAUCACUUGAACUCAGGAGCAGCCUUGGUGACAGAACAAGACCCUGCCUCAAAAAAAAUAAAAAAUAAAAAGGUGGGUCAUCCAUUCUGCUUUACCAAACAGGCUUUGAAAUGACACAUUCCAUUCAUUUGCAUCUUUUUAAAAAACUUCUGAUUCCUUACUGAGUGUCCAGCAGCCUCAAAGUUUUUAAUGGUAGCUGAUGCAGACAUAAACAGUGCUCAAUUUGGCCCUUAAACUAUAAAAUCAAGAAACAGUAUCUCAAUCCCAUCCACCUGCCUGCAAGUUUUCUUAAUGUUCACUGGUUAUAACCAUUGUUUAAACAGUGCUUUUUGUGUAAUUUAAAAAUAAACUUUAAUGCUUUUUAAAACAAAUUUAUAAUUCAUAGAUCAAAUAAUUCAUAGAUCAAGGAUAUCCUUUUGGAUAUCCUUGGGAAAUCAUGUACUUACUGUAGUGAUGCUAGUGUUAAUAUUACUUAGACCAAUUUUGAAACUGUUCUUUCAGAAUUGCCUCCAAAGACAUUUUGCAGAUCAUCCCAGAAAAGGGGGUAUGAUGGUGCUGUGUAGAACUGACCAGAGUUCCUGGAGGAUUUUGAGGUUAUACUGAAACUGAGUGCUGUACAGGGAGAAUUGCAUGAGUCCAAAAACCUCCUUCUGUGGGCUGCCUGCCUUCUUGCCCUCCCUUAAGUGCUCUAAGAUUUUUGUACAGGAUUGAGAAUCAAAUACUGGUAACAUCAAUCACAAGAAGUUGAGGAAACCUGUAAUAUAACUAGAUAAUAUAGAACCUUUUUCUUCCAUUAGAGUGCAGAAACCAAACCAUGCUUUGUGUUAACCUUAAAUAUGAAAGGUAUUUCUCAGGGUCCCCUUUGUCCUUCGUUGCUGCCAUAAGAAAUCUUAGAAGGAAGCAUGAAGAAAAGCCUGGGGGGAAAGUUCUCCUCGGAAAUGAGGUGGGUUUUUUUGUUAUAAAGUAGAAUGUGGCUGUGGUUCACAGGUACUUAACGAAUGUUAGAUAAUGUUCUUAAGUAAUCAGAGGCCUAAUAAAAGGUAGGGGAGUUUCUCUUCUAGCCUAAAUUAAUGUUUUAUUGUUUUUAAAUUAAUACUUUAUUGUUUUUAACAGGUGGUUCUCACAAUUUACAUUCAUUAAUUUGAUGCCCUUUUACAAAGAAACUUCUUAGGUAUUAUAAACCAUAAAUGUAAAGGAUCCACAUGGUAUGUAUCCACGUUGCUACUUUCAAAUAGAAAUGGGAGAUAAGAAAUACACCUGUGCAAUAUUAAAUUGAAAAAAUCCCAUAAAAAGUGUCAAAGGCAAAUGAUUUGCUCCAGAUCACAAAACUAGUUAGCACAAGAGCUAGGAUUAUAACCAGGGUCUAAGAAAAAAAAUCCUGAAGGUAAUUUAACUGAGUGUUAUGCCAUAUCAAGUUACCUGCUAAGGCUCGUGGUCUUUCAGACUAGCUUUAACAUUCCAAAUCAGGCAAUAGCUACAAUGGAAAGAUAAUUGGAUGGGGAAUCCUGAGAUCAGAGUCCUAGCUUGGCUUUGUCUCUUGUAGCAAGAUUUUUAAAAUCAGGGGCAGCUGUCUUCUCCCAUCCCAGCCAUGAAUCUUCCAACCUUAGUGGUCACCAGCUUGACUCCAUUCCUUAUAUCAAGCCUCGUCCUGUCAAUUCUCCCUUAAAUGUUAGUUGCAUUCAUUUCUAAAUAUAUCCAUGGCCAUCACUCUAGUAAAAGACUAUUACCUCACACCCCGCACUUGAUCUUCCCCCAACUUUAAGUGGCUCAGUUCCUCAUAUCACUGCCACAAGAAUUAACAACCAUGUCCAUCUUUCAUUUUUCUGCUGAAAGAUUUUCAGUGGUUCCCACUGAAUACCAAAUAAAGCUUGAAUCCAUUAGAUUGGCAUUCACAGCCUUCUAUGUUCUGGCCCCAGCUUUAUUUCUUGAAACUCACUACUCACCAUCUGACAAUGCCACUAAAAAUCCACAAGAGUGAUUUUAAGGUUUUUCUAUGGUGAAGGUUCAAACUGGUAAUAACCCAUGUUUACAUUUUUCUGGUCUAAAAUAAUUUCUAUAUUACUUUAUAAUAGUCAGCUGGGGUUUAUUUAAGCUCUUGGACAAGCCUAAAACUUGUAUCCUGAAGAAAAUAUUUUUUUCCACCAGAAGAAAUUGCAUUCAGUUUCUCAACCUUCAAAACAAUGUCAGUGUUGUCACCUGUGCAUUUGAUAGCCAAAGCACAAGUAUUCUUCAGGAGCAUAAAUACUCCAGCCUUGAAUGGACCAUUGUCCAGCUCCUGUGAAAAACUUAAUAUUUGAGAAAGACAUUCAAUGGUACGUGUUUUCUAUACACUUCACAAGUAGUUGAGAUUUUCUUGUAUUAAGGUUAAUCACUAAAAAGGUGUUUACUUGGGUUUCAUUAACUAAACCCCCUAAAGAUGUUUUCCAUUUUAUUGUUAAACACUUGGUGUUAGCAAGGGUCAGCAUGAGAAAAGGCCCAAUGGCAAGAAUUUCUGCAAAUUCUGUAAAGCUUACUGAAUUCAUUUGUCAUUUAUUAUAUUGCUGAGUGGUGCUUGAAUAAGGAAACAUGCAAUAAAUUUACUUACUUAACCAACAUUUAACUGAAGGCCUGUUGUGUGUUGAGUGCUGGGGCUAUACAUAGAAAAAUACUAGACCUAUAGAAUCUACCCCUGUAAACCAUUCAGGCUAAUGAAUUCAGAUACCUAAAGCAAGUAAAUCACAGUAAAACCUGGUAAGUGCCCUAAGAGAGGAAUCAACAAAGUAAUACAAGGGCACACAGAGUGGAGGGGCCAAAUUCUGCUUGGAAAAGAAGGGGCAGGCUUUGUGGAACAUGUGGUAUUUGAGCAGUAUCUAAAGAAGAAUAUGCCUGAUUGAAGACGGAGUUAUGGACAAAGGGCUCAAAACAUAACAUGGUGGGCUCACAGAAAACUAAGAAAUUAAAUGCACCCGAGUGAUGAAGCUGGUUGGAUGGAAAUACAGACUAGGAUGUGAUCUAUUUAAAAUUUAAUACUUCUUUGUUUAUAGGAAUUGAUGUAUUGCUUUGUGUCAGAUAAGACUAUUACUCCUCUGAGUUCCUCAUUUUGCCUUCUUGCCAGGGAAGUUAGUAUUAAACCUCACAUUUGGUGUAGUUCUUGGUAUACUUGGCAUAUUUGCCUUCCUUUCCCACAGGUUGUGCUUUCUUCCCUCUCUGCUUGAGAUCAUCUGCUUAACACUGAAUGCCCUCUUUGUUCUUGUUCUAAUAGUCAUUCCAUAUUUAUUGAAAACCCACUGAGAAAACAGUCAUGAAAUUUACUUACUAGUUUCUAAGUCCUUCACAAUCGUUUUCCAUCUCUACAUGAAUAUUUCUUGACCACUGCAAUUCAGUGGCUCCAGUUUUCACUUAUGGUUAAUUCUGCAACGUUCUCGAACUUCAGAGGGGUAAAAUUCUUUCACUGGUGGUGGUGUGAUCUCCCCAACUAGACUGUAAUCUGCUUUCAGGACAGGGAUCACAUUAGCUUUGAGUACUUCUUGCAAUGAAACACAGUGAUGAGAAGGAAAAAAGAAACUACAUUCCUGUUAGUGAUUGUUAGAUGAUGAGUGAUGAGGUAAUAGCAUGUGAGUUCUGCUCUCUUUUGGGGACACGUAUUAAAAUAUGAAAUAGCUUUCUAAGACAUAUCAAAUCCUUACUUAGUACCCACUUUUGUAUAUUAACAGGAAUGAAUGAUGCGACAGAAGAAAUCCGGACAACAACUCCAGGACUUGGAAAUCAUGAAUUUAAAUUUUCAGAAUUUGCAGGUGAAGAUAUGUCUAUCUCUUUUCCCAAUUAAAAGUCAUGACUUGGAAGAGAGAGGAUAUAGGACAUGAAUCACUGAAGAAAUGCUGUGGGAAAAUUCGGACUGACUUAUCUUCUGCCCUACCUUAGGAUUGCUAGGUCAGAAUUGCAGGAAUCCAAGAAGUAUUGAUAGUCUGACAGACUAGUAUUGAAACAGGAUGCAGCAGCAGGAAUUUAAUGGCCGUGUCAAGCAAGCAGGUAUUGGCAUUGGGCAAGGGCGGGGCUGAAGAGGUAAACAUUUGACAGGAUUUGAACCCGGGUCUCGAAUGCUAAGGUUCAUAUACUUAUUCCAACAAACGGCCACUCAAUUAGCUUAUAGGAAUGAAAAGGAAUCAAGUGGCAUUAAUAGUUCUCCAUAGUUCCCUUUCUGUCCUCUAUAGGUUUUAAUGUUCAUAACAGGUUGCUGCCACUUAUCAGGGUACACUGGGGGUCAACAAUUCAGGACGUCCUUAACUCUUCCUCCUUCCUACCUUGACACCUUGCUAUCUCACAGGGUGGUUAUGAGGAUUAAAAGACUAAAUUCA